GAUCAGCUUAGGAGCUGCAGCGCGACGGUCGCUCCCGAAACUGUGCGGGACUUGUAAAGUUGUUUUGCUUCGUUCAAAAUCAGUUUGAAAAAAAUAUCGCCGGUAGACAAAAUAUUGAAAAAGUCCCAUAAAUUGAUACUUUUUCGCGUUCGUCCCUGGGAAAAAAAUUCGACGUGACGGAAUUUGUGAAAACUUCAAGGCUCAAGAAAUUUGGCAAAAGUGUUUUUUUUCGGAGCCCAAUCGGGCCUUUUUUUUGCCUUUAUUUGUCAACCAAGUCAACUGCCAAUCUAAGUGGUCCUACUACUGCCCGGCGACAGCCAACGAGUAGCUGGGGGAAAAAUGACACAUCAGGGCAUUGGUUGCGUGGUCAAGUGGAUCUAUCUGGUGCUGAUCGUGCACACGCUCCUCUGCAUCGGCCAGCUCGAGUGUCGUCAGCACCACAAUCGGAAUAACAAUAACAAUAACAACAACAACAGCAACAACAGUAACAGAAAAUCGGACUCCGGCGCGUCCAGCUCGGAGGAGAGCCACGGCAACAACGAUGCCAACAGCGAUGGCCUGGACAACUUUGCGGACCAGGACAGCGUCUUCGUUCCGCGGCGAGGUCAGCGGAAGAAACAGCAGGGGGCGGCGGCGCGGGCGGGAGGGGGCGGUGCUGGCGUCGGAGGCGGAGGCGGCGGAGGAGGCGGUGGCAACCGGCACAACCGCAACGAGGAGAGCGGCAUCUCGCUGUGGAUCAACGAGCAGCAGCUCAAGAUGCUCACUGCGCUCUACUUCCCAGAGGGUUACUCGGAACGCCUCUACGCCAUCCACAACAGCAGGGUGACCAACGAUCUGCGCGAUACCACGCUGUACAACUUCCUGGUGAUCCCGUCCGAGGUGAACUACGUGAACUUUACGUGGAAGUCGGGGCGUCGCAAGUACUUCUACGACUUUGACCGCCUGCAGACGAUGGACGAGAGCAUCCUGAAGGCGCCGACGCUCUCCAUCCGCAAGAGCGGCCGCAUUCCGCAGGAGCAGAAGAAUUUCAGCAUCUUCCUGCCCUGCACCGGCAACAGCUCCGGCACCGCGUCCUUCAACGUCGGCCUGAAGAUCCAGACGCGCCACAACAAGCCGCUCUCAGGCACACCCAUUCGCCUCAACUUCAAAAAGGAAUGCGCCCACAGAGAAUGCAGCUUGAAGUGCGGCAAGAACGGCUACUGCAACGAGCAUCACAUCUGCAAGUGCAACGUGGGCUACACGGGCCAAUACUGCGAGACGGCCUUCUGCUUCCCGCAGUGCCUCAACGGCGGCAACUGCACGGCUCCGUCCGUCUGCACCUGUCCGGAGGGCUACCAGGGCACCCAGUGCGAAGGUGGUAUUUGCAAGGACAAGUGCUUGAACGGGGGCAAGUGCAUACAGAAGGACAAGUGCCAGUGCUCCAAGGGUUACUACGGCCUACGCUGUGAAUAUUCCAAGUGCGUCAUCCCCUGCAAGAACGAGGGACGGUGCAUCGGGAACAACCUGUGUCGUUGCCCCAAUGGCUUACGGGGAGACCACUGCGAGAUCGGGCGCAAGCAGCGCUCCAUCUGCAAGUGCCGCAAUGGAACUUGCCUCUCCCACAAGCACUGCAAGUGCCAUCCGGGUUUCUACGGUCGCCACUGCAACGGUCGCAAGCGACGACAUGCGCACCGAAACUCAAACGACUUUAAGUUCUAGGCAAAUCGUGUCAUCCCCGAGGGUUUGCGGCGCAUAUGAGCUAUUGUAAUAUUCAUUAAACCUAAACACUUUUCUAUAAACAAAAUCAGCACUACAACAACAGCGAAAAAGGAUGAAACGAAAAUAAUUCUAAUUGUGAUAAAUUUUUUUGUAAUUUAACAUUUUUAAUAAAACAAAAUCUAAAAGUUGA